UCUAGGAAGACCACGAAUUGAAGUCGAGCAUGCGGAGGAGGAUAUUCCCACUCAACGGAAUAUUCUUGUCAUCGAUAUAACAGAUGAUGAUGAGAACGAUGUUGUAGAAGAUGCCGGAACACCAUCCGAUAUAAAUUUAUAUUCCCCAGUGCAAGAACACGAGAGGGAGGAGAUGAGGAGAGAAGGAGAAAGAUGAGAGAGACCGUCACAGGAAGAGGAGCAGGAAGAUGAAAAUUUAGACGAGGAGGAAGAAGAAGCAAGGGAAAUAAUAGAAGGGGAAAAUAGAGAGGAAGAUGAUGAUGAUGAGGAAGACGAAAAUGAAGAAGAGCAGGAUGUAGAUGAAAACGGUGUUGAUGAAGAGGAAGACGGCGACGAUAAUGAAGAGGGAGGAGAGGGGGAAGCGGCGGAAGAUGAUGACGAAGGAUAUGGUGGCUCCGGCUCCGGCUCGGAUGAGGUGGAGGAAGAGCAAGAUGAGGAGAAGGAGGAGGAGGAGGAGGAGCCAGAAGAGGAGCCAGAGGAAGAAGAAAACGAGAGAGUUUCUUCACCCGAAUACAACGUUCAAAUCGGCGCUGGACUUGAUGAAGUGGCUAGAAUACAAAAUUCUAGGGAGAAUGUUGCUGAGCAGAGAUCUCAGCAGCAACAUCAGUCGCAACAGCCACGCUCGCAGCAGCGGCAGCAGUCGCAACAGCACCCGCAACAACAACAACAACAGCAGCAUUAGGUUGGCGACGACUUUUAUUAUAUAGAGCUACGGAAAACGCGCGUAGAUUUAGAAAUUUUGCAAUACUCGGAAGAGAGGCGAGUUUCGCGAUACGGGCAGUACCGAAAGGUAAUAAUACUGUGCAAUGGCUGGAAAACGCGUUCCGUGAAAUUUAUAGAUACGCGAUAGGCUCGAGUGAACGGAUUACGUGGGCCUAUCUUUUAUUUCCGAUAGUUUGACGCGCGGACCGGCAGGGUUGUCGUUUCGUCCUGUGCGCGACUUGACUUACGAGGACAUAUGGGACCUCGUAAGUUCGGUAGCACAAAGCGCAAGAGGAAUUGAUAUCGCGGAAACUUUUACCAACCAACUAUUCAACGUCGCGGUACCAAUGGGUCGUGGAAGAAUGUCAAAUCAGUUAACGCGGGAAGACGUCGCCAAACGAUCUAUGUUAGAAAUUAUUAACGAUGACAAUUUGUGUUUUCCUCGUUCGCUCGUAGCCGCGAAAGUCCACUGUGAGCGUGGAAAUCUACGGACGGGGCCGCGUGACGAAAUGUGGGAAGCUGUAAGAUUCCAACGUUCCUCGCUACAACGGGAUUACGCGAUAGAAUUAACGAGCAACGCUGGCAUCGUGAUACCGGAGGAAGGAUGUGAGAUUCAUGAAAUCCAACAAUUCCAACGGUAUCUCACCAAUGAAAAUAUCGCUAUAAUGGUUUACGGCUUCAAAGAUUUCGGACGCGGGGGAACCCGAUCUACGACGGACGCGCGAUACUCGCCUCUCUCGGUCGCGAACAGCAGUAUACUUUAAAUAUAAUGUAUUAUGAGAAUAAACACCAUUACAAUCCGGUAUUAAAUUUAAAAGCUGCCGCGGGUUUACGAGGAGGGUAUUGCAUAGCA